GUACGUCCCGGAGGCCCGGGCGGGGAGGAGGAGAAAAAAGCAACGAUGGGAGAAGUUUGUGAGAAGAUCUCAUGGCUUUCUGUAGUUUGGCGAUUAAGUAACGUUUUAAUGUCUGUGUUCUUUACUCUGGCUUCCUAUGUGCAGAUCAAUGAUCCAGACGCAGGUUUAUGGAUGGUGGGUUAUGCAGUUCCUGCUGUCCUCUGUGGUUUUAUUGGCUUCAGACCUCAUGUCACAGAAACUUUGCCCUGGAGGCGCGUUGCUGAUCUCCACCUGAUGAUCUCCAGCGCAGCUAUCUUCAUGUUAGGAUGGAAACUUUACACGGAGCGAGCGACGCAGAUCUUCCAGCAGGAGGAGGGCAGAGAAUUCUCUGGUCUUACGUUGACGGCUGCUUGGCUUCUUUUGUGUCGACGCUCUGGAAGAGCUCCGGUCGGGAAGCUGCGCGUCUCCACAGCUGUGGCCAUCACAGUUUUCCCCAUUGUGGCUUGGCUUUACUACCACAUCAAUAAGGAGCUGCGGUCAGACUGGCCGGCUCACUGUAAAACUGCCAUUUAAAGCAGCUCCACCUGCCAUAACAUUCCUUUCUUUGUUUAAUGGAGAAAACCUUUGCCAAAGAAGUACUGAUUUUUCUAGAUACAAAGCAAACAAAUGUUUCAUUUAUUUGUGAUUACACCAAAAUUAUGUUUAUCUCAAGGUAACUUUUGUUGGAUGUUGUUUUUUUCAGAAUGUGUAAAUAACAAACCUGUAUACAGCAGUCUA